AUGCUGAUUGCAAGACAAGGUUUCCGCGAAAGUGCUUUUGUCUAUGCAAUUGCGGCUGCAGGAGUGGUACAUGCGGUCUCCAAUGCCUGCUCCUUGGGCAAACUGCAAGCCUGUGGCUGUGACCAGAAGCGUCGAGGGGAUGAAGAGGCUUUCCGUCGCAAACUUAACCGCCUCCAACUGGACGCCAUGAACCGUGGCAAGGGAAUGAUGCAUGGCGUCCACUUGGAGCACCUUCCAGCUGAGCCCCCUGGCCUACAAGACUCCUGGGAGUGGGGGGGUUGCAGCCCUGAUGUAGACUUUGGGGAGAAAUUUUCAAAGGAAUUCCUAGAUUCCCGGGAAAGCCAUCGUGACCUCCCAUCCCGCAUGAGGCUUCACAACAACCGUGUUGGCCGGCAGGUGGUGAUGGAGAACAUGAAGCGGAAAUGCAAGUGUCACGGAACGUCCGGAAGCUGCCAGCUGAAGACAUGUUGGCAGGUGACUCCUGAUUUCCGGCUGGUGGGUUCAGUGCUCAAGGAUCGCUUCCAUGUGGCAACGCUGAUCCGGCCCCACAACAGGAACACUGGGCAGAUGGACGUGGGGCAGGCCCGCCACCGGCGUCGUGGUGGCAUCAGUGACCUGAUCUACUUUGAGAAAUCACCUGACUUCUGUGAGAGGGAACCAAAGUUGGACUCUGUGGGCACCCAAGGGCGUUUGUGCAACAAAACCAGCCCAGGCAUGGACAACUGUGAAAGCUUGUGCUGUGGACGAGGACAUAAUAUCCUGCGGCAAACACGCAGCGAGCGAUGCAACUGUAAAUUCCAUUGGUGUUGUUUUGUAGCUUGUGAGGAGUGUCGACUCACAGAGUGGGUCAGUGUCUGUAAAUGA